AUGAAGACACAGGAGGGCGACCUACAGCCAGUCACAUUCGAGCAGCCACUCAUUCAUCCAAAGAAACAGCCACCCCAAGAGCAUCAACCACCCCUCGAGCCCAAGCCCGCAUACUUUGAGAUCAACCCAGGCGACUCUGAUCCAUUGCUGGACCCAAUUGUAAAGGUGUUCUCAGUGUUGGCGUCACCCAAUCAUUAUGUGCCAUGGCAGAUGAAGGUUCAGCGUGAGAUCACUGGAAGUGGAUUCGUCAUUCAGGGAAGAAAGAUCCUCACUAAUGCUCAUUGUGUCGCUGAUCAGACCAGCAUCAUGUUGACCAAGUUUGGAAAUCCAACCAAGUUCUACGCGCGUCUGCUGGGCGUCGCACACGAGUAUGAUUUGGCGCUGCUCACUGUGGAUGAUGACGCCUUUUGGACAGGCAUCACACCUCUUGAAUUGGGCGAUAUUCCCGAGCUGCAGGACACGAUCACUGUGGUGGGCUUCCCCACGGGAGGCUCCAACAUCUGUGUCACACAGGGUGUUGUGUCGCGUAUCGACUUGCAACAGUACGCUCACUCUGAGAGCCGUCUGCUCUCCAUUCAGAUCGACGCGGCUAUCAACCCAGGAAACUCUGGCGGCCCCGCACUGAUGGACGGCAAGGUGGUAGGCAUUGCAUUCCAGAAUCUAACUGGCGCGUCAUCCGUCGGCUUCAUCAUCCCCACACCAGUGGUACAGCGAUUCCUCAACGACGUUGAGCGCAAUGGAAAAUUCACUGGCGAGCCCAUGCUGGGAAUCAUGGCACAGAACCUCGACUCGAUCCCCAAGUCAUUCUACGGCGUGCCCAAGGACAUGACGGGCAUUCUCAUCAACGAGAUCCACCCGCUGUCCGCCGCCAAGAACGUGCUCAAGAAGGAGGACAUCGUCACACACGUCAACAAAGUACAGAUUGCGAACGAUGGCACCGUGGCCUUUAGACGUCGCGAGAGAAUCAGCUAUGAAUACUUGCUGUCAUCACAUUUCAUUGGAGACAAAGUGGACGUUACAGUGUUCCGUAAGGGUCAAUCAUUGGACGUCACCGUGCCAUUGGUGCCACAGCAUCGCGUGGUCCCCUAUCAGAUGUACGACAAGCGACCCAGCUACUUUGUCUAUGCUGGCUUCAUCUUUGUGCCAGUGACAUACCCACUGCUUACAGAGGUGUCGGAGGACAUGGCAUCGACAUUCCGCAAGGUGUUUGAGAAGGCGGAGAAGAUCACUGGACCUGAUUCGCAGGUGGUCGUCAUAUCUCAGGUUCUCAUCGAUAAGAUCAACUAUGGAUACAGCGCGUUUGGACUGUGCGAGGUCCGAAAGGUCAAUGGAGUGCCAGUGCGCAAUCUGAAGCAUCUAGUCGACCUGAUCGAAAACACAACCGAUCAACAUAUAGUUAUUACGAUCGAGCAUGACUACCUAGUGAUCUUGGACAAGGAUGAGGCAAAGGAGGCCACUGCCAGGAUUAUGACACAGCAUGCUAUACCAUCAGCAAAGUCUGUAGACUUGUUGAACUAA